AUGAAAGGCCGUUAAGCUCCCCGAAUAUGACCGUUACGAAAGAGUCCCAGAGUUAAAUAAUCGGAGGAGCUUGCCUCUAUCUGCAACAACAAAAGCAAAUUUCUUUCUUAGAUUGACUGUAUCUUCAACUUCUCUGAUUUCUAGCUCUUACCAUUCUUGAUUUGAAAUCAAGUUCCCAAUUACAUACAUUCAGAUUUAACUACUUCUUCCUGUUUUCAUUAUUUUUAAUAAUCAAGAUCCCAUCUGAUCAGGCGAUGGCAGAAAUGAAAAAAGAUACCCACGUCGUUGAAAUCCCAGUAGAAACAGAGGAUGAAAAGAAACAGAGCGCCUCUGCGAUUCAACACCACCCAUUAAUGGAGAUCUCGCGAAGCCCGGGGCACCUCUUACUGCUGAAGCUUCUGCAGAGAGAAGAAGACCUCUUCGGCCGCAAAAUCGCGGUCAAAGAAGCGAGGCUGGACGCGCUCCGCCGCGAGAUCUUCCAGCUCUGCCUUCUGAUCUUCACAUUCUCCGGAAUAUUCUUCACCAUUCUCUUCACCUCAUACCCAGAGCAGCAGGAGCAGGGCCCGUGCCGGAAAUGGUGGAUCAUCCCGCCAGCUGCCCUGACGGCCACUUGUCUGUUCAUCGCUUUCCUCGUACACGUGAAGCUCCGCCGGUUCUGGAAGAUGUGCGGGCAGGUGCAGAGGGCGAGGAGCGAGAGCAGGGGAGUGACGAGGUGUGUGCAGGAGCUGAGGAUGAAAGGGGCGAGCUUCGAUCUGUCGAAGCAGACGGCGGUCGGCGGGAAGAGGAUGAAGAGCUCCAGCGUGGAGACGGCGAAGUGGAAGCCGUUCACUUGGUUCUCUAACUAUGCAGUGACAGUUUGUCUUGUUUGUUUUGCAGGUCUGCUCUUCCUGGCUUCCAUGGCUACGUGCAGGUGCUGAUCUGAGACAGUGAGAGGUACCUGCCCGGAUGAAGACACGCCUGACCGAGGACCGGGAUUGACCAAAGCAAGCGCUGUGAGUGAUCAUUAGGGCUGGCAUUUUAGACGGAAAAACCGAAAACCGAACCGAAAAAAAUCGAACCACUUUGAAAAAACCCGAAUCAAUCCGAACCGAUUGAAAAUGGGACCCGAAAAUUGGGAACCGAUAAAAAAAACGGUUCGGACUCGGUUUAUAUUCUUAAAAAGUUGGUUCAAACCGAACCGAACCGACAUUUUUAGUAGAGUUAAUGAUAAUUAGAAAAGUUAUAUUAAUAUUCCGAGAUCUAAAGUGACAAACCAAGCAUUCUGGCAAAUUAAUAUUCGACUCCCCCAAGGGAAUUUUUUUGUUUGGACCUUGAAUUUUCUUUCCAAUGUCUCUUUGUCCCACACCGGACAAGAGAUGGUUUACACUUCCAAAAUUCUUUAUAUAAAAACAUUUCAAGUUGGUUAAAGCUAAUUAAUAAGCUCUCAGCCGAUGGGCUUGUGUAGUUGUGUGAUCAAAUUAAUAUAAAAAUCAUAAACUUGUUUUGGGCUUGGUAUUGUUAAAACUAGUACAAUAUUUAUAUUAUUUUUAAAUAUUUCGAUUUUUUAUCGGUUUCUGAUAAACCGAUCUGAAAAAUUGGGUCCCGACUAAUCGGUAUCCGAUUCAUGAUCGGUUCGGUUUCGGUUUUGAUAUUUAGUAAAACCGAAAUGUCGGUUCGGUUUUUGGUUUGUUCAGAUCGGUUCGGGACCUGAACCUAAACCAGCCCUAGUGAUCAUAAUGGCGCUAUUGCGGUCAGGAUGAAGCGUUCGGUAAAAGCACGUGUCCCAAACUGAUCAAUUGCCAAUUUGUUGACUGGAUUCUUCUGGCUCGAUGAAAGUAAAUCGAGCCAUCAGCCAUUUCAUGUUCGAGUUUAAUUUGGCCGGACAUCUGAAAUGAGGAGAGUGGGAGAGGCCUGCAUUACAGCAAAACCAUAAUUGGCCAUAAAGAGGGAGAGGGCUGCAUUACAUCAAAGCCAUAAAUAAUUGGGUUUCAAGUCUAUGGAUGAUCAAGAAUGGUUUCAUUUUCAGCUUUUUCUGACAUGUAUAAAAUAUAGACUAGAUAGUUCCUGUCUUAUUGUUAUUCUUACUCUUUCUUUCUUAGCUGUAAUUGUGACUUUGUGUCUCUUGUUUUGUGGAAGAACGCUUUGUUUUUUUCAUACUCUUUGUACAUGCAUAUGUUGUCUAAGUAUGACUGUCUCGAGGUAUAUAUGUGGCAAUGUGGGUAACCAUUUCAAUCCACCUUAGGCUAAUUCUACUUGGGUUUAAAUUAUUGAACGAGGCCUUCAUCCGGGUAUUGUGAGA